AAUGUACUUUAUAUGUAAUAUAGGAUCGGAACUACAGAGCCUGUGCCAAGUAUUCCAUCUUCGGCAGUUUAACAAGGACUUCCUGUUACCAACUAGCUCCACUGAAAACAAUCUUCCUUUAAUCUAAAGAACACGGAGCUAACAGGCAGAACUGGAUUCUCCAGCGGUGAGGUAAGAAACUUGUUCUACUCAUUUGAUAUUAACAACAAAACGAUAACUUUAACUUAUUUGACUUCAUUAUGUGGCUUUCAAUUAAGUUAACUAAAUGAAAACCAUACAGAAAUUAUCCUGUGAACUAUAAGACAGAGACUUAAAUAACAUUUUAAUACAAUAUUACAGACGGUACUCAGUUUUUCUCUCAGGCAGGACUCCAACUGCGCAGGUGGAAACGCAACAAAAAGAACAAGACAAAGAAAAGACCAAAGGAGACGGGGAUACAAAGGAAGAAACAAGGAGACCAUGUAGGAGACUACUGCAAUAAUCCAGGUGAAAAAGGAUGGUGACUGGAACCAGGGAGGUGGUUCCUGAUGUACCCUGAAAAAGGGAUUGACAAGAUUCCCUUUUAGUUUGAAUAUAAGGGUGUGAGGGGGGGAGGGGGGACGGGGACACAAAACAGAGUAGUCACGUAGUCCAGAAUGACUCCAAAGUUUUUGGUAGGGUGACUUGGAAGAAGACUGGAAGGAGAGUCUGGAAGAGGUGCCACUUACUGAGAUGGAGCAGCAGUUUGGGAGUUGGAAGAUCAGGAAAUUAUUUUAGACACAGACAUUCAAAUGGAGCUGUUGAGUAGACAAGUGUUAUGAGAACAGUCUAGACUUGAGAUGUAACUUUGAGUCAUCAGCUAACGGACGGCAUUUAACACUGUGAGACUGGAAAACAACGGUGGAUAAAAAGAGGACUGUGCGUGGAAGCAUUCCAGUAUUCAGCGGUAGGAAAGACGAGAAGAAACCAGGGAGGAGAAAAUGAUGAAGGAAGAGCCAAAGAGGCAAGAGGAAAGCCAGGAGAAACACUUAAAAGCGUUUCAAGAAGUAAUUGUGGUUAAGUGCUACUGAAGGGUUAAUAUCACCAAUAAGUCCUAUUGCUUCUACCUCCAAAAUAUAUCCCAGAUGGUUCCCAUUUAUUCCAUCUAGUUUCCAUCCAGAUCUCUCCUGGAGGUUAUCAGGAAACUAUUCUCUAUACAGUGAUCUUUUAAAAACAUAAAUCUUAUGUCAAUACCCUAUUUAUCCUUUCACUGUCCGCCACUGCAUCUAGAAUAAAAUCUAAAUUCCUUACUUUGACCCACAAGGCCCUUUGUGAUCUGAUCCCCACCUACCGUCCUGACUUCACUCCUCCAAUGUUACUGCCCAUAUUAAUUUCUACCUAUAUAAGCAUUAAUUUUGUUCUUAAAACAUAACAGUCCCAUUCACUGCCCUGGCACCCCAUCUCCAAUACUCAGGAUGCACUUUCUUGGCUCUUCAUCUUCUCAACAUUUAGGUCUACACUCAAAUAGCUCUUUAGAGAGGCCUUGCCUAAUUGAUCUGUCAAGAUCUAAAAUUAUCUCAUUUAUCUGUUUAAUUGUGUAUUGUCCAUCUCCCCUCAGAUACUAAUUACUCAAGGACAGGUAUUACUGAAUACACACUAUAGCAUUUAAAACUUUGCAUAUAGUAAGCUUCAAAAGUUAUUUGACAGAAUGUCAGUUCUUUAAAACCAAAGGAAUAUUAUCAGGAUAUCAGUUUAACUUUUUAUGUAAUACAGGUAUCAUUUCUACAGUAUCCUCGACUGGGUCGUCAUUCAAGAACAUCUUGAACAUCUCUAGUGAUGGCAAGGUUUUUAUCUCAUGAAACAGUUCAUUCCAUCUUCAGACAGCUCUACUUGUGUGAAAAGUCUUCUUUAUACUAAACCGGACCUCACUCCAUGUAAUUUCCACCCACACUGCGCUUUGGAGUUACGCCAGUCUGGAUAUCUUUGCAAAGGAAUGCUAAUAAUGAGAAAUCAGCAUGAUCAAACCAAGAAUAUGUUUCUAUAUAUAUGCAAUGGAUAAGAAAACAAAGCUAUGUCAAAUAAUGUGUUCGUCAAUCCAGAAGCCUGAGAAAUUUUGAGACAAAUUCAACAUUACCUAUAUUGCUUAAAGCUUUCAUAUGGAAUCUGCCGUCACUAUACUGGUUUUAGCUGAACUACACACCUUUAGCAAAAUGAGAGGACAGGGAAGAUGAAAGACCGACUUCAAGAACUAAAGCAAAGAACAAAGGAAAUUGAGCUCUCUAGAGACAAGGAUGUGUCGACUACAGAAGCAGAGGAACAAGGGGUGUUUCUGCAGCAAGCUGUUAUUUAUGAAAGAGAGCCUGUAGCUGAGAGACACCUACAUGAGAUACAAAAACUACAGGAGAGUAUUAACAACUUGACAGGUGAUGUUCAAAAAUUUGGGCAGCAACAGAAAAGUCUGGUGGCUUCUAUGAGAAGGUUUAGUCUACUUAAGAGAGAGUCUAGCAUUACAAAAGAGAUAAAAGUCCAAGCAGAACACAUUAAUAGACGUUUGGAUGAUUUAGUAAAAGAAGUUAAAAAGUCAGAGGAUGAAAACGGUCCAUCAUCAGUGGUCACAAGGAUACUUAAAUCUCAGCAUGCUGCGAUGUUCCGCCAUUUUCAGCAAACUAUGUUUAUAUACAAUGACACAAUAGCAGCAAAGCAAGAGAAGUGCAGGACAUUUAUUUUCCGUCAGCUUGAAGUUGCUGGAAAAGAAGUGCUGGAAGAAGAGGUAAAUGAUAUGCUUCAUCAAGGAAAAUGGGAAGUUUUUAAUGAAAGCUUACUUCGAGAAAUCAGUAUCACUAAAGCACAACUCUCAGAGAUGGAACAGAGACACAAAGAACUAGUUAAUUUGGAGAACCAAAUAAAGGAUUUAAGGGACCUUUUCAUUCAGAUAUCUCUUUUAGUAGAGAAACAGGGAGAAAGCAUCAACAAUAUUGAAAUGAUAGUGAAUGGCACAAAAGAGUAUGUUAACACUACUAAAGAAAAAUUUGGACUAGCUGUAAAAUACAAAAAAAGAAAUCCUUGCAGGGUAUUGUGUUGCUGGUGUUGUCCAUGCUGUGGCUCAAAAUAAAGAAGUGAUUUUAGAAAUUUCUCCAGCUUUAGAA